GGUGGCGCGCCCGGCGUAGUGUCGCGCGCGCAGGGCAGCACACGUGUCUCCCGGUGUGGCUCCUGAGUUCCACCCUACCCUCCAGGGUCGAGAGACUGGGGGUGGCCCCGGACCCCUUUUGGUGUGCGCUCACCCUGGCCUGCGUGAGCGUGACCCACGCAGUUCCCUCCGCUCCCGGAGCCAACUUGGCCAAGCAACUGUCCCGGGAGCGGCGCGCGGGGGGUACCGGGCACUGCGCAUGCGGAGCUCCAAAUUCAAACAGCUGUGCCCAGGUCUGCAGUACCGGUGGACCCAGAGCCGCUGGAUCUAGGGGACGCUUUCUCCGGGAGGUGGCCACUGAAGAGCCAUGGUGGACCGGGGUCCCUUACUCACCUCGGCCAUCAUUUUCUACCUGGCCAUCGGGGCGGCGAUCUUCGAAGUGCUGGAGGAGCCGCACUGGAAGGAGGCCAAGAAAAACUACUAUACACAGAAACUGCAUCUGCUCAAGGAGUUCCCGUGCCUGAGCCAGGAGGGCCUGGACAAGAUCCUACAGGUGGUGUCUGAUGCUGCAGAUCAGGGUGUGGCCAUUACAGGGAACCAAACUUUUAACAACUGGAACUGGCCUAAUGCGAUGAUUUUCGCAGCCACGGUCAUCACUACCAUCGGUUAUGGCAACGUGGCCCCCAAGACCCCAGCUGGGCGCCUCUUCUGUGUCUUCUAUGGUCUGUUCGGGGUACCGCUGUGCCUGACGUGGAUCAGCGCCCUGGGCAAGUUCUUCGGGGGACGUGCCAAGAGGCUGGGCCAGUUUCUUACCAGGAGAGGAGUGAGCCUGCGGAAGGCUCAGAUCACAUGCACGGCCAUCUUCAUCGUGUGGGGUGUCCUGGUCCACCUGGUGAUCCCUCCCUUUGUGUUCAUGGUGACGGAAGAAUGGAACUACAUCGAGGGCCUCUACUAUUCCUUCAUCACCAUCUCCACCAUUGGCUUUGGGGACUUUGUGGCCGGUGUGAACCCCAGUGCCAACUACCACGCCCUGUACCGCUACUUUGUGGAGCUCUGGAUCUACCUGGGGCUGGCCUGGCUGUCCCUCUUUGUCAACUGGAAGGUGAGCAUGUUUGUAGAAGUGCACAAAGCCAUUAAGAAGAGGCGGCGGCGGCGAAAGGAAUCCUUCGAGAGCUCCCCACACUCCCGGAAGGCUCUGCAGAUGACUGGCGGUGCAGCCUCCAAAGAUGUCAACAUCUUCAGCUUCCUGUCCAAAAAGGAGGAGACCUACAAUGACCUCAUCAAACAGAUUGGGAAGAAGGCAAUGAAGACAAGUGGGGGUGGGGAGAGGGUCCCAGGACCUGGGCAUGGGCUGGGUGCUCAAGGGGAUGGACUGUCUAACAUCCCCGCAUCCCUGGUGCCUUUGGUGGUCUAUUCCAAGACUCGAGUGCCCAGCCUGGAAGAGGUAUCUCAGACUCUAAGGAGCAAGGGGCAUGUGUCCAGGCCGCUUGGUGCCGAAGCUGAGGCACAGGCCCCCAAAGAUGGCUACCCAACCUCCGAAGUGUUUGUUAACCAGCUGGACCGUAUCAGUGAGGAGGGCGAGCCGUGGGAAGCCCUGGACUACCAUCCGCUCAUCUUGCAAAAUGCCAACAUCCCCUUUGAAAAUGAGGAAACCGGCCUCUCGGAUGAGGAGACCUCCAAGUCUUCCGUGGAGGACAACUUAGCCUCCAAGGAGCAGCCUCAACAGAGGCCUGUGGCUGAGGCGCCCUUGAGCGCGGGUGAAUUCCCGUCCUCAGAUGAGUCCACCUUCACCAGCACCGAGUCAGAGCUCUCGGUGCCGUAUGAGCAGCUGAUGAAUGAGUACAACAAGACCAACAGCCCCCGAGGCACGUGAGGAGGGCCUGGCUCCCCGCCUGCUCUCCAGAGGCUUCUGCCCCUCACCGGGGUUAUCCUGUGAUGGCCAGACCCCUGGAAGUGAGAUGGGGAGCCAGGGACCUGCUUUUCCUUCUGUCCUCUCCAGCCGGUUGCUUCCAUGGGAUGUGAAGUCUACCCAGGACAGGCCUCCGUGCUAAGGCCCCCAUGGGGAGGCUGCUGUCCUGGGCCUGCCUGGCAGGUAUGUCUGCUGACUCGAGGCAUGUAGGCCCCAGCACCCACUCACCCUGGAGGGCCUGUGUCUGCUGCUUAAGUCUUCCCCCAUUGUUCGGUUGAUUGUCACACGGUUUUCUGAGGCCAGGAGCUUCGGCCAAGUUCACCAGUAUUAAUGGGCACCUCCUGUGUGCCCGGAACUGAGCUAGGCAUUUGGAAAAGGAGCUUGUGAGACCCAGGGUUGUCGUGUAGGAGUUCUCAAGUGUUCUGGGGAGGCACAAGUAUGAUGGGGUUCGGGGCACCUCAGGACCCAUCUGCCCAUCCAUUCAUCACUCUGCCCAGCAAGCCCUUUACUGCAAACCUCAGGGCAGGGGCUGGAGAAGCUGGGGGUGGGGGGGUAGUCCUUUGUGUAUCCCAAGGCUUUCUGUUCCCUGGAAGUUCAGGGGAAAGAUGGGUAGCUAUGGGAACCAGGACUCUGGCAUGGUCAGGGUGCUCAACAUGAGGUACAGGCCUCUUAGCCCCUGCCUGAUGGAAGUCCCAGCCCCAACCUGGGCAUCCACACUCGCAACCCACCAUCUCAUUCCCUGGGGAUCCCUCACUGCCCCUCCCCCUCCCGCCUCUCUUAGCAGGGCCUAUGGGGUGAGGCCAAGCUGUUCUUGGCUUAUAGAACUGUGAAUUGAGCUCCCCCCCCCCGCCAGCCGCUGUUUGGUGGUGAUGUGUACAGGUGCCAGUGGGCAUGCGUGUGUGCAUUUGGGCUGGGGAGAAAAGAAAAUGUGAAUCUUACUGGACCAGAUGUUCCUGGUGAGGUCUGGGAACGAGCUGCUGCAAUUAAGUCCUUGAUGCUCAACCUCCAGCCAGCCCGCUCUGGCCUAAAUGGUUUUUAUUAUUAAUAUUUUUUAAUGGAUCAUUCUUUUUAUACCCAGAAUCUGUCGUUGGCUUCAGAGCCGACAAAGAACAGGGUUUCUACAAGUGGAAUGGAUGUCUGUAGAGGGCGCUCUGCUGUCCUCCCAACUCAGCUUGUCCUUUGUGGUAGUGUCAGCCGAGGCCUCACGCAGAGCUGGGGGGAGCCGGGCGGGGACGCCGCUGCAGAGAUCACUGGGUGUGCUGGGUAGGAGACGGGAGUUCCCAGUUCAGCUGAUAACCUUCCCCAGCUCCUUCCCUUGCUGUGUACAUUCUGCCAAGGGGCAUAUAGGGCCAGAGCCCCCCCCCCCCAACACACACACACACACAUUGAGACAGUGAGAGGUGUGUGUCCAUACCUCACCAUCCUCUAAGCGGUUGUAGAGGCCACGCGGGCCUCAGGGUGGAGGAACAGCCUGUCUCCUGUGAGAAGUGUCCCGAGCUGAAUGUCCUGGAGCUACGCUGACCACACUGUGUGCAUGUACUGCUGGUGAAAGCAGAUGUAACUUAUUUUAACAUUUUUACAAUAAAACACAAGAACCAGCCCA